AUGCCGCAUGAAAGGUUUAUAAUACCGACGAAUUUUAGUUUGCCUCAGUCUCUCAGUCUGUUGUACUCUACGGCGGAUGCUCAGUUUAAUAAUGUAUUCAAAAACGCAGCUGAACAAAUUUCGGCAUCUACAACGGAAGACUAUUAUCUUGGGACGAUUAUAAGCACCUUAGAUAAUAUAUUACAUUAUUUGGCAGAUGGAGUUGAGACCUUAAGUUCUUAUUAUGCUAUAGCACCCAUCUAUGAGAAUCCGCCUCUUGGAAAUGUGCUAUUGGUUAGAAGGCUAAUAAGGCUUAAGGCAGACAUUGCUAAGGCUAAAGAUGAAGCUAUAAAUGCUCUACAGAUAUCUAGAAGUGGUCUGCCUGAUAAUGGUGAUAAUAUAUUUUUGAAUGCUUUCAAUACGUAUAAGGCCGAGCUUAUAGAGAAUGCAGGGGAGCCUCAAGGACAGCAAAACUAUCAAACAUCGCUUGGCGAAAAACAUCUAGAAAGUGGAGCUAAGAAUCCAUUCAAAUUCAAUACGUAUAAUAAUAAUGUAACGGAGAAUAUGCGUAAGGCAGAAGUGAUAGAAAGCCAGCGUAAUGAAGUACAGAAUGUGGCGCCAGAUGGUUCUAAUGCCAGAAAGGAUCAAGAGCAGAGCUAUAAUGGAAGAACUAACAAAGACAUUCAUAGAAGAACUGAAAGUAUAACCAAAAAUUCCCAUGACUAUGACUCAUCAAGAGACUCUAAUAUGGAACAAAUAGGUUUGGAGGUUAACAAGGCAGCAUUAUUAGCUUGGUUUAAGGACAAAAAUCAUGAUAAUCAACCAGAAUCUAGCAAAGUAGAAAGAAAACCAACACAAGUGCGCCCACCAAGGGCCAAACAUGAAUACGUAAAACCUGAAAUACGGCGCAUUACUCCACGACUUUCAUCAUAUAAACAAAUGAAACGCUCUACGUCUCAAAAUUCAAAGGGCACUAAUUCAACCUCACAGGCUGGUCCAAGCGAAGAGCGUAAUGAAGCCUCAAAUUCCAAAUCAAAUAAAGGACCUGUUUCCGAAACCAAAAACGUGCCACAGAUAGAGACUUCCGCUAUCGAGUCCUCCGUUAUUGAUGAAAGGAUAGAUAGUGUUUUAAAAUCCCUGAAAGGUGUUGAUGUAAAUGCAUGUGAGCAGAUUAUUCAAGAUAUUCUAGUAGUUAACGAUGAGGUUUUAUGGAAUGAUAUUGCGGGUUUGAACAAUGCGAAAAAUUGCUUAAAGGAAACUGUAGUAUAUCCACUACUCAGACCGGACUUAUUUAGGGGUCUUAGAGAACCAACAAAUGGAAUUUUACUAUUUGGGCCACCAGGAACAGGAAAAACAAUGAUUGCGAAGGCCGUUGCAACUGAAUCCAAAGCAACCUUUUUCAGUAUAAGUGCUUCAUCAUUGCUUUCGAAGUACUUAGGCGAAUCAGAGAAAUUAGUUAAAGCGUUGUUUUACUUGGCAAAAAGAUUAGCACCCUCCAUUAUCUUUGUGGAUGAGAUCGAUUCCUUACUAUCAAGUCGUUAUGAUAAUGAACAUGAAUCAUCGAGAAGAAUUAAAACGGAAUUCCUUGUUCAAUGGUCUUCACUUACAAGUGCUACAGCCAAAGAAUCUGCUUGGGGUGAAGAAUCAAGAACUGUUCUAGUAUUAGCUGCAACCAAUCUCCCUUGGACUAUUGAUGAAGCAGCCAUACGAAGAUUCUCGAGAAGAUUAUAUAUUCCACUACCAGAAUUUGAGACUCGACUGCAACACUUGAAAAGUUUAAUGGAAUUACAGGCAAAUGACCUUACAGAUGAAGAUUUUGAGAUGAUUGCAAACCUAACUGAGGGUUAUUCAGGCUCUGAUAUAACGUCCCUUGCUAAAGAAGCGGCGAUGGAGCCUAUACGUGACGUGGGGGAUAGUUUAAUUAAUGUUCAUUUCAGUACCAUUAGAGGAGUUACAGUUAAUGACUUUAAGACUGCCAUGAUUACUAUAAAAAAGAGUGUAUCACCAUCAUCACUACAGAGGUUUGAUGAAUGGGCUGUCAACUUUGGUAGUGUCGGAUCUUAA